AUUGGCCAGUUUCCGUACAAACUCGGCGGGCUCAUUGUAUUCCACAGGGGACCAUUUAAAGGGGAGGCAAUAGUCGAAGCGCAGGCGGGGUGAUGGAUAAUGUGGCUGGACAGGAGCAGCAACAGCAGCCGCUCUUUGGAGGGGCCUUUUCUGCCUCACUUCCCCCUGGAAGCCUGGAUGUCAGUGAGCUGCGUCAGGUUCCGGACAACCAGGAAGUCUUUGUACACCCCAGCACAGAUCAGAGCAUCAUUAUAGAACUGCUGGAAUAUCAGGCAGGGGUGCCAGAUGAAGCCUCGGUCAGAUACCACUUUGACGAUGUGGUUGGCACUUCUGGCGGUGCUGAGGUUUUGAGCCAAGAGGCACUGGCACCCCAUCUCCUGGCUCUGGAAGGCUGCCGAAGUGCCUGGCACCUCACCGCUUGCCAGCAGGUGGCUAAAUUCAACGAAGAAGCCAAAAAUGAGGUGAGACUGCAUCUUGCGCUGCUUCGCCUGCCCCAGUAUGGAACAGACCUGCUUCUUACCUUCAAUGACCCCACCUUUAUUCACCCCCUAAGCAGUAGCGCAGCCCGAGGAACAGAGAUUCCAGCUCCUUCCCUGCCUCCAUGGACGGUGGACCACUUCCACACCUUUGUACGCAGCCUGCGGCUUCUUGACCCCGGCAUCUUUGGUUAGACCAGCCCUAGAACCUGACAUCCAGCCACAUCUCCACCAUCUACGCAAGGGUAUCCACCAGGACUCUUGGGACGGCUGCCUGCCUGGGGUCUCCUUGAUGCUGUAGCCUUCCCCUUUCUCUAGAGGGAAGAAGAAUCAGCCCCCCAGAGCUUUGUCCCAUUUCAGAAAACAGUUUCAAGCCGCCCCAUCUCCCAAAGGAGGUUUCAGGUUUCCCCUUGUAAAGGCAAAAUUGCCGAGUUUCAAGCUGUAGAAUUUCAGCUUGACCACCUCCCUCGUGGUUCCUCUGCUCCCCCACCAAGUGUUUCCACCUCACUCCCCAACAUACCAUCGCUUCUGUAAUAAGUGGACCAGUCCCUCCUGAUUGUGCUGUCCAAUAAACAGUCUUCUUACCAA